UACAAGAAGCUCCAUUUUUCUAAUCCUCUUCACUUUGAUUCCUCCCAUCUCGAAGGAGGGUCUCCCUGUGAAUCUAUCUAUCGCUCGGCUCGAAACCAUGAAGCUCGUCUUCAGACUCGCCCUGUUGUGCGUCGCGGUGGCCUUCGUCGCCUCCGAGGAUGCUCAGGAAAGACCAAAAACCUUCCGAAGAUUGAUACCUGCCGAUGUUCUCCGCGACUUCCCUGGAAUGUGUUUCGCGUCGACCAAGUGUGCGACUAUCGAACCAACGAAGUCAUGGGAGCUAUCGCCAUUCUGCGGUCGUUCUACCUGCGUACCUGCUGACGACAAUUCCGGGCGUCUCUUUGAGUUAGUGGAAGACUGCGGCCCAUUGCCCAAGUCAAAUCCUAAGUGCAAGCUCUCCGAAAAGACCAACAAAACCGCAAGUUUCCCUGACUGCUGUCCGAUCUUUGAGUGCGAGGACGGUGCCAAACUCGAGUAUCCGGAAAUUCCGACCCUGCCACCGCCGAGCGAAGAGGAGGCGGCGAAAGCACAGCCGGAGACGCCGAAGCCCUAAAACCGACACGAAAGCAAAAAGCCACUUCAUCUCUGGAGCGAACAUUGCGGUGUAGCCUCCUCGACGAGACUCAAGCGAAACAAAAAGUAUUUUGGUGGUUUACUUUAACAUCAUCAUGACGUCACACAAAACACCAUCAAAAUUCCUACAAAAUCCAACUUAAGAAGUACACUAUAAAAUUAAC